UGACCACCUCCCGCGCCGAGCUCCAUCCCCCACGCUCCGCCGCAGCGCCCUCGCCGCCUCCGGUGGCCGCUGACGUGUCACCCCGCUCCCUCCUUCCCCACCCCCACCUCCUCCCUUUCCCGCCACUUCUCCGCGCCAUUUGCCCAUUUCCCUCGCCCACCCGCCUCCUUCCUAGCUCCUACUAAUCCCCUCCCGCCAUCAAUCCCUCCCCCGCAAAAGGACAAAACCCUAAACCCGCGGACGCGGAGAGGAGAGGAGAGCAGCACCCAUUCCUUCGCUCCCCACCGCAAUGGCGUCGCGCCGAGCCAGCAAUGGCCGCUCGCCGCUCGUGCGGAAGCAGAGCCAGAUCACCGCCUUCUUCUCCUCCUCCCCUACCCGCUCCCCGUCCCCCUCGGGCCCGAGCCCCGGCGCGUCCAAGCCCUCUCCGUCGCCGCUGAACCCCAGUGCGAGGACGAGGUCCCCGCUUGCCGCGGUAUCCCCUCCCCCUCCCAAGCUGCCGCCGCCGCAGAAACAGAAGAAGGGAAAGAAGGAUAAGGAGGAUCGUGAUGCUGUCGCCGCGGUGCCUGCGCCCUUGGCGGCGGAGGUGGUGGGGAGGCGGCUGCGGGUGUACUGGCCGCUGGACGACGCGUGGUACAAGGGGAGGGUGGCGGCCUACGACGCGGCUUCCCGCAGGCACCGCGUGAAGUACGACGACGGCGACGAGGAGGAGGUCGAUCUCGGGAAGGAGAAGUUCGAGUGGGAAGCCGCCGUUGAGGACUCGACCCCGCCGCCAGCGAGGAAGCUGCGGCGUCUCCGGCGGAUGUCUGAUACCUCGGUGGCAAAGUCACCGGCUGUGGCAGAGGAUAGCGCUGGGGAUUCCACUGAGGACGAGGACUGGAAGAGGGAUACUGUCGUGGAGGAUGAUUCUGAGGAGGUGGAGCUGGAUGAGGAAGAUGAGGAGGAAGUUGUCGCAGUGCGAUCACGAAAGGGAAAGCCAAAGAAUUCCUUGCUGGUGUCAGGUUCAACGCCAUCGACAUUGAGCUCUGGUUUGACAUCAGAGUCGGGGUCAAAAGUUUCGAAGAAGAGGAAAAACGUGGAUGUGGCCUCAUUGGAUUUUGCUAAAAGGUUCACCUUCGAAGCAGUUAAUACCACAAGAAAAGUUGACCCAGAAGUGCCAAUGAGCUGUGGCAAGAAAGGGCAAACUACGGGAAAUGACUACACUGCUCUUACUGGGGAUGCAGCUGAGCGCUUUGGGCAGCGGGAUGCUGAGAAGUUCAAAUUCCUUGGAGAGGGGCGCAAAGACGCAAAAGGCAGACGUCCUGGAAGCCCGGGCUUUGAUCCAAAAACUCUUUUAUUGCCACCCCAGUUCUUGAAGAGUUUGACAGGAGCGCAGAGACAAUGGUGGGAAUUUAAAUCACAUCACAUGGAUAAGGUUCUGUUCUUCAAGAUGGGCAAAUUCUACGAACUAUUCGAGAUGGAUGCACAUGUUGGGGCAAAGGACCUUGAUCUUCAGUACAUGAAGGGUGAACAGCCUCACUGUGGAUUCCCAGAGAAGAAUUUAUCAGUGAAUUUGGAGAAAUUAGCUGAGAAGGGUUAUCGAGUUCUGGUUGUGGAGCAGACUGAAACACCUGAGCAGCUUGAACUUAGGCGUAAGGAGAUGGGUAUAAAGGACAAGGUUGUCAGGCGUGAAAUAUGUGCAGUGGUCACAAAAGGAACACUGAUAGAAGGAGAGCACCUACUGGCAAACCCAGAUCCUUCAUACCUCCUGUCUGUGACUGAAAGUCACCAACAAAGUUCAAAGAAGAGCCAAGAAACUUGUACCAUUGGUGUUUGCAUAGUUGAUGUUUCUACAAGCAAAUUUAUUGUAGGACAGUUCCAAGACGAUCCAGAGCGCCAUGGAUUGUGUUCAAUUUUGUCUGAAAUGAGGCCUGUGGAAAUUAUAAAGCCUGGUAAAAUGCUGAGUCCAGAAACUGAGAAGGCAUUAAAGAACAACACAAGGAAGCCUUUAAUAAAUGAGCUACUUCCGUCCACAGAAUUCUGGGACGCAGCAAAGACUAUUGAUGAGAUAAAGCAGUACUACAGCUCAGCCGAUAAACAGAACGAUGCUGAUGACAUUCAAGACUGUGUGAACUGUCUGCCUAACUUAUUAUGUGAGUUAAUUGGAGCAGGUGAUAAAACAUAUGCACUUUCUGCUCUAGGAGGUUCCUUAUUUUAUUUAAGGCAAACCCUUCUGGAUGACAAAAUACUUCCAUUUGCUGAGUUUGAGCCACUUGCAUGCUCGGGGCUCAUCAACAAUAUCCGAAAGAAUAUGAUACUUGAUGCAGCAGCGCUGGAGAAUCUAGAACUUUUAGAAAAUAUGAGAACUGGUGGCCUCUCAGGGACCCUGUAUGCACAAUUGAAUCAUUGUGUUACUGGAUUUGGAAAGAGGUUACUCAAACGGUGGAUCGCGAAGCCAUUGUAUGAUCGCAGCGCAAUACUACGGCGUCAAAGUGCUGUUGCUACUUUCAAGGGAGUUGGCCAAGAUUAUGCUGCCCAGUUCCGUAAGGAUUUGUCUAGGCUCCCUGACAUGGAACGCCUGCUUGCACGCCUUUUCUCAAGCUGUGAUGAAAACAAGAGAAGUUCAUCAGUUGUUGUUUAUGAAGAUGCAUCAAAGAGACUGCUUCAACAGUUUACUGCUGCACUUCGGGGGUGCCAGCAGAUGUUCCAUGCAUGUUCUUCUAUUAGUACAUUGAUAUGCACAGAGGGAUCUCAACUUAAUGAUUUGCUCUCACCAGGCAAAGGCCUACCAGAUAUCUCAUCUAUUUUAGACCGAUUCAGAGAUGCAUUUGAUUGGUCAGAAGCAGACCGGAAUGGUCGGAUCAUUCCUUGUGAAGGUUGUGAUCCUGAAUAUGAUGCCACUUGCUAUGCAAUAGAAGAGAUCAAAUCCAGUCUAAAAGAGUACCUGAAGGAGCAACGAAAGCUUUUGAGACCUGCAUCGGUUAAUUAUGUUGAUGUUGGAAAAGAUAUGUACCUAAUUGAAGUGCCUGAGAGUCUGGGAGGUUCAGUUCCCAGAAACUAUGAGUUGCAGUCUACAAAAAAGGGUUUCUUUCGGUACUGGACGCCAGAACUGAAAGAACUAAUAUUAGAACUUUCAAAGGCUGAGUCAGAGAAAGAAUCAAAAUUGAAAGGCAUUCUUCAGAAUCUGAUUCAGCUAUUUGUUGAGCAUCACACUGAGUGGAGGCAGUUGGUUUCUGUUGUUGCUGAGCUUGAUGUAUUGAUAAGUCUUGCUAUUGCAAGUGGUUAUUUUGAGGGACCAAGUUGCUGUCCAACUAUCAAAGAAUCAAAUGGCCAAGAAGAUACUCCUACUUUCCAUGCUAGAAAUCUUGGACAUCCCAUUCUACGAAGUGAUUCCUUAGGCAAGGGUUCAUUUGUACCAAAUGAUGUUAAGAUAGGUGGGUCAGGGAAUCCCAGCUUUAUUGUUCUUACUGGUCCAAAUAUGGGUGGUAAAUCAACUCUCCUGCGCCAAGUUUGUCUUACCAUUAUAUUGGCUCAGAUUGGAGCAGAUGUUCCUGCAGAAAAUCUUGAGCUUUCUCUUGUUGACCGUAUCUUUGUUCGAAUGGGAGCAAGGGAUCAUAUUAUGGCUGGCCAAAGUACAUUCUUGGUGGAGCUCGAGGAGACUGCCUCGGUGCUUUCAUCAGCUACCAAGAAUUCUCUUGUGGUAUUAGAUGAGCUUGGACGGGGUACAUCGACUUCUGAUGGACAAGCUAUUGCGGCCUCAGUUCUGGAAUAUCUAGUUCAUCAGGUGCAGUGUCUAGGCUUGUUUUCUACACACUACCAUAGGUUAGCUAUGGAACGCAAGGAUACCAAGGUAUCACUGUGCCAUAUGGCAUGCCAGGUGGUUGAGGGAGAAGGAGGUCUGGAAGAAGUAACUUUCCUUUAUAGAUUAACACCUGGUGCAUGCCCUAAAAGCUAUGGUGUAAAUGUUGCUCGAUUGGCAGGAAUACCUACUUCAGUGCUUCAAAGAGCAAAUGAAAAGUCAAGUGACUUUGAGGCCAAUUACGGGAAGCGACACAAAAUGACCAAAGAUAAGCAUGUAAGUGCACAGAGCGAUGACGUGUUUUCUGCCAUCAGGGAUUUGUUCUGCAUUGUGAAGGCAUGGCCUUGUCGUCCUGAAGACCAGGCAACGAGUAUAAGCAUGCUCCGUGAAGUGCAGAAGCGUGCCAAGGUAAAGGCUGUGGAAAGUUAGGCAAUCGUUACAUAGCAUGUUCCCUUGGUAGAGAUCGCCUAUUUUGCUACCUUGGUGGCAUUUCUUUUUGUUGGAUUGGCGUCAUAUUGAGGGGAGAAAAUUCUGUGGACACGGGUUCCAACCGAGGACUGCGUUCGCAUAGGUUCAGUGUGGGAGCGAGUUAGGCUCAAUCCCAUCAGAUGUGUCAGGAUUCAUUGAUGAGCCGUGGAUUGAGAAUUCAGCGUCUACAGCUUACUAUCCCUUCCAGCAAUUUUGUGCGCUCUCUGAUUCUCCUACCAGAAGCCCUAGGACACUGGUCUGUCCUGGUUUGUUCGAGCUCGGUAGGGUGUUGGAUCAGUGCUAACCGGCUGAGUGAUUAGAGGAUAGAUGUGGCUCAGUUUAAUCUGAGACGUGGAAAAACAUCCCUGAUUGUAACCUACAUGAAAGGUUUAUAUGGUUUCUAGAAGAUGUAAAUCAGACUACUCUUUGCAAAGUUGCAAGCCAACUUAGGAUUAGCUCCUCUAAUGCCUUUUUUGCAUUCUGAAAA